AUGGAAGUUUCAAAGCUUUCGUUGCGGUUUGCAUCGCGCGUCAUUGUAGUUCUCGCCUAUAUUCUAAUCUUCUUCCUUGUUUUGUAUCUCUGGAUUUCAACUCCUUCCGCAAAAGGUAUGCUAUUAGUGUGUCUUUUUUUGAAUAUGUCAAAGCAAGAAUAAAAUUUGAAAUGGAUGAAACUUUUAGAAAUCAAACACAGUUUUAACGAAACGAAAAUAGUGAAGGAAACAUGGAAAAAUAAAAAGAAAGUCGUAAUUUACGCAGCGACGAAAUUUUUUAACAUGGAUAUAACGACUGAGAGGUUUCUCUCAAAAUGCCACUCUACAAAAGUGAGUUUUUUUUUAUACUUUCGGACAACUUACUAGAAAAUGCAUGAAACAAGGAAGUUAUCGGAUUUUAAGGGCUAUUGUAGAAUCUCUGAGGAUCCAAAAGAUUUGGAUGUUGCUGACGCUAUCCUCUUCCACAACGCCGACUUCUCCCCCGAAAAAGUUGGUUCUGAAUCUGAGUCAAGAAGCUCAAGUUUUCCAGGUACCCAUGCCGCGAUUACGGAAUCGGCCGCACGUCAUUUGGAGUCUCGAAAGUCCGGCUCACGACUCUUUUCGUCCUCUCAAAGGUCCAUUGAUUAUUCGAAAGUUGAUGUUUCCAUUCGAAUACAUCUUCCAGACGUCAUUAAUUGGACGAUGACAUAUCGUCUUGAUGCCGAUAUUUGGUAUCCAUAUGGCCACUUCGUUCGUCGUAAAUCGCGUAAGAAAAAUUGUAGCUUCGAAAAAAAUUCCCUUUUCCAGCGCAGCAAGUUGACUACGAAGCGAUUUGGGCGGCAAAAGAUCAAACAAAAAUAGCGACUUGGCUCGCUUCCAAUUGUUUCUCUCAAAAUCGCCGGUUCGAUCUCAUAAAGAAGCUCAUUGACAAGGGUUUACCGGUUUGUUCAAAAUCCUUAAAAAUAAAAUGAACGGAUAGAUUUUAGCUGGACAACUGGGGAAGGUGUGGAAAGACGCCGCCGAUCUGCGAAGGAGUCAGCAACCAAGGAAGUCCGUGUGUUGUCGACUUGAUUAGGUACAAUUUAUCUCACAGGAAGAACUUCUGAUGAGCUUUUCGAAAAUCUCUGUAAGACUUUGGAACGCUUUUCGUAGGUCUAGAUGAUGUAAUAUAAGGCUCGCAACAAAUAAAGUCGUUUAUGAACAACCCCAGAACGAAAUUUGUGCGUAGGUAGGCACUAUGUGGUACCUUAAUAUUUUAUACUGACCGGUUAGAAAUGAGGGUUGUUGUUGGAAUUUAAUUUAAGUAAAACAAUUUUGAAAGUUGAUCAAUUCAAAAAGUAUUGUUCAGGUGCAUGUAUGAUCUGUCACCAUUGGAAAUUCAUCAAAGUGCGAAAAAUUAAUGUUCUUUCCAAGUUAUAGCUUGAAAAUGAAAAUGAAAACAAUAAACCCAGCACUCAUAUCUAACCAACCAACCUGUAUUUAGAUGUAUCAAGAUUUUCAGAGCGUCUGAGCAAAUUUUCCGAGAAAUCCCCACGACAAAUUGGAGGAAUAUUUUUGAAAACAGUUUUACAGGCCAUACAAGUUCUACAUGUCAGUCGAAAACUCAAAUUGUCUGAACUAUGUGACGGAAAAGUUUUACGAGACGUUGCGAUCGCGAAUGGCCGUCCCGAUCGUCUUGUCGAGGAAGUUCUACCGCCAACUUGGGGUUUGCUUUUCUCUGCUGUUUCUAGUUUGAUCUGAAGUGGUUAAUUCACUAAAUAAUAAUCUAGGUUCUUCAAUUCAUCGUACCGACAGGAUAUAUCUUUGAAUGGGAAGAGAGAAAAGUCCUUUCAGGCCCCCGACGACGCCUUCAUAGCAAUCGACGACUUCAAAAGUUUAGACGAACUAAUUUUUCAUGUGAAGAAGGUUGCGGCCGACAAGGAACUCUACCUGAAAUAUCACAAAUGGCGCGAAACCCAUGAGUUUGCCAGUAAACACAAAUAGAAGAGUCGUAGUUGAUCUUUCAGGGUGAAGCCGGAGCACGACGACACGACAGGCUUCUGCGAGCUGUGCCGACGUCUCCAGAAUUCGGACCUCGGCAGCAAGUCCUACGCGGACCUCGCCUGGUGGCACGGUUACAACACCUGCGACCAGUCCAUCGCUGAUCGUUUUCUGGGACCGCCGACUGGAUAG